AAGCCGAGAAAGCUCCUGGCCCGGCCGAGACAACGGUUGCGAGCGAUCGCAGCGAGCAGGGACUUGAGGGAUUGGAGGGAAGAGGCUUGGCAGAGAGUUCAAAGCCGCUUCGCUGCGGGGGCGCCUUGGCGAGGUGGUAGAGGAGCGAGGAGUAGGCGGGGUAGCAGAGGUGGUCGGGGGUCGUCGUCCUGGAGACGGCGGAGGACAACGGCGUGGGCGGUGGAUUAAGCCCCAUCAGGAGAGGAAUCGCUAAACGAACCCACGUGGGCUUCUCGGGUUCGCGAAUCUCCAAGCGCGUUGUAGCAUAUCGUCACUAAUUUGGAGGGCAUUUUGUGGGGAUAUAUUUAUUUGCCGGCGUGUGGAUGAGUUCGGGACUAAGUAGAGUUGAAUGCGUCCGGUGGUCCUCAAUUCUCCUAUAGAUACCUUCUUAUGUUACUCUAUCAUUGAAGAGAAAUAGCAAGAGGAGCUGAAGGAAAUCAAAGUGCUUGGAAUUCUGGUUUGCUUCUUAUUGUACUUGAGAUCACUCAAGUAAUUCUUUUUCAACAUAAUGCCUUGUCUUUCUCCAUUUCUGUUAUCCAAUGCCCAAUGGCCGAGUGUCCUAGCCACUGUAUCCAACAAAACAUUUUGCAAACUUCCUUGCAUACAUGUCUCUAAUUGGCAUAUGAGAGAGCAUCAAAGGAAAUCACAUGCUUCAACAUUUAUCCAAUCAUCAGCAACUGUCCAUGGAUGUGAAUUUGAUGAGUCUGAUGAGAAAGAAGAAAUAAAGCUUAAAUGGAUGAAUGUAGGACCUGAUUUAACGGAGGACCAGAAGAAGGCUAUUUCUCAACUUCCUUUAAAGAUGUCCAACCGCUGCAAGGCCCUUAUGAAGCGUCUAAUCUGCUUUUCUCCAGAUGCUGAUGAUUUGUCUCUCCUCUUGGCUGCUUGGGUGAAGGUCAUGAAACCCAGAAGAGCUGAUUGGUUGGCAAUCUUGAAAGAAAUUAAGAGGAUGGAAAAUCCUCUCCUUUUUGAGGUAAUGGAAUAUGCACUGCUCGAAAAUUCUUUUGAAGCUAAUGUCCGCGACUACACCAAAUUGAUUGACCUCUAUGCAAAGCAAAAUCUCUUGGAAAAUGCUGAAAACUCAUUUCAGGCCAUGAUAAAAAGAGGAUUCCCUUGCGAUCAAGUUACACUUACUGUCCUCAUUCACAUGUACAGCAAGGCUGGACAUCUCGAUCGUGCCAAGGAAGCAUUUGAAGAGAUCAAGCUGCUCGGUUUGCCUCUUGACAAAAGAGCUUAUGGCUCAAUGUUGAUGGCCUAUAUCAGGGCUGAAAUGCUAGAGCAUGCAGAGAGAUUAAUGAAGGAAAUGGAGGAACAAGAAUUUUAUGCCAGCAAGGAAGUCUACAAGGCAUUGCUUAGAGCUUAUUCCACCAAUGGCAAUGCAGAUGGAGCUCAAAGAGUUUUCAACUCCAUACAAUUUGCUGGAAUAGUUCCUGACAGCAGGCUCUGUGCUCUUCUUAUCAAUGCUUACUGCAUGGCUGGUCAGAGCAGCAAAGCACACAGCGUAUUGGAGAAUAUGAGGAUUGCUGGUCUUGAACCAAGCGAUAGAUGUAUUGCCCUGAUGCUGGGAGCUUACGAAAGAGAGAACAAUCUAGAUGCAGCACUCUCUUUUUUGAUAGAACUGGAGCAUAAUGGUGUUCUGAUUGCUGACGAAGCUUCACAAGUCUUGGUUGGGUGGUUUAGAAGGCUUGGAGUGGUGGGUGAAGUGCAGCAAGUUCUAAGAGAAUUUGUUGUCGAGGGAGCUGGAAGUUUCACUCCUUAUUGUAAAACAAAGUGAUAUGACACACGACAAAAUCUUUUUCACAUGUAAUGUUUGAUGCCACUGCAUGAUGUUCUUCAGAUAUCAGUAAACGUUAUGUUCAUCACAUUUAGCAGUCCCCGACAAAGCCUCUUUAUCUGUCUAUAGUUGCAUUCAGAUGUAAUGUUCUAAGAGAAUUUGCUGUCAGGGAAGGUGGGAGUUUGAUUCCUUGUGAUGCUUGUAAAACAAAGUGCUAUGACACCACACAAUCUUUUGCA